AGGACUCCGAAGGAGGUUUCGAAGGAGGUUUCGGAGGUUCAGAUCGACAUCCCGAGAGCUGGACAUAAAUAUCCUCUGGGCCUGGCCAGGUUUAUGGCUUCAAGCCAUGUGGUGAUGGGGCAUCUCUUUGCCAGAGGAGUCAUCGAACCUCUCUACUUCUUUGGCUGGGGAUUCACUUGGGUGCCAUGGUUCUUCAUGCUGAGUGGCUUCGUGCUUUUCUCGGCGUAUUUGAACAAACCCAAGACCGAUUCUAUGUUUGGGUAUGUCUUGCGGCGGAGUGGCACAAUCUACCCAUUGUAUGCUUUUGCUUUGUUCUUAGCCUUUCUCCUGGGCAAAGUGAGAGGGAACAUCUACACGGAGUGGCCCACGCUGCUGGCACAAAGCUUUUUGAUGCAAGCUUGGGUGCCAUAUUUCACCGAGAACGCUUUGCAGAUGCACUGCUGGUUCUUGAGUUGUAUGGUGGUGUAUUGGUUCUUCUUCCCUCCAAUGUCCAAAGCCUUGAAGGACAUCGGCUUGCUGCAGACGUGGUUGCUGAUGAUCUUCUUUUUCUUCCUACCGUGGCUUCUGAUCCUGAUCCCCCUCUACACACAUGAGGAAGUGGAUUGGUACAAGGAGCACGACUUCUACCAGACAGAUUCCUAUUUGGAUCUUGGAGUGAUCAUGCUGAAGUACCAUCCAAUCUGCUACUUUCACGUGUUCAUUCUGGGGAUGCUUUUGGCGAAGCUACGACAGUUGUUGGAUGUGCAUGCAAGAUCUUUGCCUCAUGGCUGCUUCUCGUGGCGAAAUCCUUAUAACCUGGUGCUCCAAUUCAUUGCGCCCUUGGGUUACGCCGGGGUGUUCAUCGUUUUCAGCGACCAGGAUUUGGACGCCAAGGCCUGGGGAUACAAACUUUCAGCUCGUGUCUCAGUCUUGUUGCCCUUCCAAGCGAUGAUCCUGUUUGGAUUGGCUGGACUUCCAAGUUUGCCCUUCCCUCUCUUCUCCUACGCCUUUUCCAUGAUGGAUUUCCUGGAGAACUAUUCCUACGCAGUUUAUGUCUUCCAGUUCCUGCUGUACGCUCUCUGGCCGCAGACGGGUCACGUGAACCUGCCAUUGUUCUUGGUCUUUGUGUAUGCCUCGGCCUAUAUCAUUGGCAACUGCAUUCAGCAACCGCUUCAGAAAUGGUGGGCUGCACAUCCCAAUGGUCAGCUGGCGGUGCCAUUUUUGUUGGCGGCUUUCUUCAUGGCUGGCUGCUUCUGCCCGACUUUCGGUGAAUCGGUGCCAACAAUGGAAGAUCUCCCAAGAGUGAUCCGACUCAACGAAGCCAUGGUGGACAUGGAUCUGGGCUUGACGGAUGCUGGCCAUGUGGGACCGGGAGAAGGUGCUGCCAUCAUCAACCCUUCAGUCCUCCUGAAGGAUGACGAAGUCAUAGUGCUGGCCAGAAGACAUCGCCGUGAGACACGGCAGCAGAAUGGCUGGUAUGAGGCACCUGAUGGAGAGAGAACUAAGGCUGUGAUCAUUGAGCAGGUGUGGCAUUCGACCAUUUUGAUGGGAUCCCAAAAAUUUAGGGAUCAGACGUUGGUUACUCAGAUGUUUGAUCAUUGGCCCAGAAGCAACAUGAGUUUGCUGGGCAAUUUGAGCUUAGACAGCUGGGACGGACUUUCCACCAAAGAUGGUGAUGCCUGGAGAGAUCUCUGCGUGGUGGAAAGAUGGAUCCCCAGCAACAAGACCCUGAUGCGAUUGGUGGUCACCGGCCCAGAAGAUCCCAAGAUCGUCACGACUGGGACGGGCUACGAAAUCGCCUUUGACUCACAACCACCAAAAUCUGUCACGACUUGCCGAAGAAAUACCAAAGGCAUGUUGGAUUCGGUGGCACAGAUGUAUUUGGCUUCGGGUGUUCAGAACACUGAGAGAUGGAGGCCCACCAGGGCUUAUCGCCUCUCCUACGGUCCCUACGAUGUUGCUGAGAAGAACUGGAUCCCCUUCGUGUAUCAGGGCAAAACUUACUUCGUGUACACUCCAGUUCCGCAUGUCAUCGUGUCAGCAAAGGAGGAGGGAGAAAGCAAAAUGCUUUACAGCACCACCUUCCACCCUUUGCAUCAGCUGAGACAGAAGUGGCCACAGGUGGAGAUUCGAGGAUCUGCGCAGGCCAUCUUGGUGGACGCACCGAACUUGACGCAGAAUCUGCCGAGACCACAUUAUUUGGCCUUGCUGCACCUUUUUGACACCUCCACGAAACGAUAUGCGCAUCAUGCCUACCGAUUUCAACAUGAGCCGCCCUUCAUGAUUCUCCAAGUGAGUUCCCAACUGCCCUUGUCCGAAGCCGCGGCAACGCCGAAUGGCGUUGCCUUCGCCUUCGCCAGUGGCUUAGCCGUGAAAGGAAACACCGUGCUGGUGACCUACGGCGCGGGCGACCGCGAAGCCAGGGCCUUGGUGAUGACCAUGGAGAAACUGGAUGCAUUCUUCCACUGCGGCUGAGCUGACUCUGAAACCAAGGCCGCGUACCAGCUUUUGUAUGCAUGAAAUCAUAUUGAAUAUUGCUAUUAAGACUGCCUGAAAAUCCAGGUGCUAUGCAAAAAC